AUGCAAGAACCGCCUUCUUCUUCAAUUCUCUACCAGAAUACAGGGGGAACAGUCUUCCUGAUAGAUAUUCCGACCUCCAUUGCACUGGGACAGGAGCUUUCGCCUUUACAGCAGUCACAGGGACCAGUACAACAACGAUUCUCAUCCAAACUAGACUCUAUCACAGGCAAUAAGCCGAAACAAAUCCCUGCGAAUGAUGACGUUGCAGGCAGCUUAUGGAAGAAAGGGGAAGGAAAGAAGCAAUUGCUCUCUUCUCCGCCCAUGGAGUCUCCCUUUCCGGUCUCUACAGAGCCAAAAAGUGAUGUCGCCAGGGAACGGGUUCUGAGGCAGAUCUCUGCUCCUGAGAGACACUACCGGUGUCUUAUUGAGGGACUGGUCUUAGAGGGACUGAGAGAGAUUUCAGAAGGUCAACGAGGAAAGGGGUGGUGUCUUUCUAGACGAGUUGUUAACCAGGGAGGGCUUCCUCCUUUGUCUUCUUAUAGGAAGAGGGGAAGGGAGACUCGAGGGGAGAAGGUUAGCAUCGAAACUGCCAAGUUUUCGUGCUCUUUUGUUGCUGAGAUGCCUCAUGGCAUUCCUGGGCCCCCUGUAAUUUUGUCAUCGACUUCUCAGAAUAUUUUCGAAGGCAUAUCUGAACUCCAUCAUGGGGUCGUCAAAAAUCCAUCAAAUUUGGAAGCAGCUCUGAUCGUUCCCUGUUGUAAAUCAAAUGCUGAGAAUGAGAAGCACGCCCAGUCUAUUGAUGAGAGCCAUUGCACAUUCAAUGUGCCGCCAGAAUCGAAUUUUCUCCUAGGCACUUUGCCCCUUGGACAGCAGUUGCAAAAUGCCGGACUAUCUUCCACAAGCCCUAUUCCCGGCAUGCCCCGGGACAAGCGGUUCAAUCUCAUCCUUCUCGAUCCUCCCUGGCCUAAUCGCUCUGUGCGUCGGAGUCGCCAUUACCAGACGCAUUCCUACGCCGAUAUGGAUGUUCUCACACAGUAUUUAUGCGAUGUUCUUCGCGCACAUCUCCAUGGUCCAAGAUAUAUCCCUGACGCAUACACGAACACAACAGAAGCUAGUACGCAGAACAGUCGACGGACCAUAGGCGCAAUCUGGGUAACGAAUUCCGAAAAGUCGCGAAAGGUAGCCUACGAAUCCCUUCGUGGCGCAGGACUUAGCAUCUGCGAGGAAUGGAUAUGGAUCAAAACCACCAUAAAUGGAGAACCAAUCACCCCUCUCAACGGGCUCUGGAGGAAGCCGUAUGAGAUACUUGUUAUAGGGGAAAGGACACUACAUUCUUUUCGUGGUACACCGGCAUCUACUGGUCCCACGACUGGUGGUGAUGGUGGUCCAAAAGCCGAUGAUAGCAUUACGAGGAGAGUCAUUGCAGCCGUUCCGGAUAUUCAUUCCCGCAAGCCCAAUCUGCGGGAGAUUUUUGAGAAAAUAUUCUUCGUUCCCAACUCGUCUUCUGGUACAGCAUCUGAGCAGGGAAUGUAUUCUUCCCUGGAGGUGUUUGCGCGCAACCUCACUGCCGGGUGGUGGGCUUGCGGUGACGAGGUUCUCAAGUUUAAUUCUACAGAGUGGUGGGCUGAUUGA